AUGCUCCAAACUAACGGGCCGCGCGCGGGGCCCGACGGAACCCCCGUGAGCGCCGGCAGCAGUGAGGGGCGGGCUGAGCCCGGCCCGCCGGGCAGCGGGCUGCAGUACCCGCGGGCCGCUCACGUCCUCUCCGCCUUCCCGCUGGCGAUCGGCAUCUUCACCGUGCGGUUGCUCUUCGAGAGGUUUAUUGCCAAGCCAUGUGCCAUAAACCUUGGCAUUCAGGACAGUGGACCUCACAGAGCCCAGCCCAAUGCAAUUUUAGAGAAAGUGUUUACAUCCAUCACUAAGUAUCCAGAUGGAAGAAGGUUAGAAGGCUUGUCCAAGCAGCUGGACUGGGAUGUCCGAAAGAUCCAGCGCUGGUUUCGGCACCGGAGGAACCAGGACAAACCCACCACCCUCACUAAAUUUUGUGAGAGCAUGUGGAGAUUUACAUUUUAUUUAAGUAUAUUUUUUUAUGGAAUCAGGUUUCUCUGGACGGCACCCUGGUUUUGGGACACACGACAGUGCUGGUACAACUACCCUUUCCAGCCUCUAACAUCCAGGCUUUAUUAUUACUAUAUCUUGGAGCUGGCCUUCUACUGGUCCCUCAUGUUUUCUCAGUUUACAGACAUUAAACGGAAGGAUUUCCUGAUCAUGUUCGUCCAUCACUUGGCCACGAUCGGGCUCAUCACGUUCUCCUACAUGAACAACAUGGUGCGGGUUGGAACUCUGGUGCUGUGCCUCCACGAUGCUUCAGAUUUCCUCCUGGAGGCUGCAAAACUGGCCAAUUAUGCCAAGUACCAACGUUUGUGUGAUGCUUUCUUCAUGCUCUUUGGGGUCGUGUUCAUCGUGACCCGGCUGGGCAUUUACCCUUUCUGGAUUUUGAACACAACCCUGUUUGAAAGCUGGGAGUUGAUUGGUCCCUACCCUUCCUGGUGGCUGUUCAACGGGCUCCUGGUGACCCUGCAGCUCCUGCACAUCAUCUGGUCUUACCUCAUCAUCCGCACGGCCUCCAAGGCGCUGGUGCGGGGCAAGGUAUCCAAGGAUGACCGCAGUGACGUGGAGAGCAGCUCUGAGGAGGAGGAUGUGACUUCCAACAGCACAAAAGGAAUUUUCAGCACUUCCAGUAACGGUUCCAACCGCCUCAACGGCCNUCUCCCUGUAUCCAAGGAUGACCGCAGUGACGUGGAGAGCAGCUCUGAGGAGGAGGAUGUGACUUCCAACAGCACAAAAGGAAUUUUCAGCACUUCCAGUAACGGUUCCAACCGCCUCAACGGCCACGUGGCCGGCGGCCAGUGGACAGGAGAGGAGUAA